AUGAUGCAAAACAACGAAGAACAAGCCCCAAUGGUCCAGGGAACUGUAGAACCUACGGCGUUCCAAAACAAUGGGCAAACGUACUUUGUACAGGAAAAUGGAAGCACGAUGCCACCAGGAGACCUAACAGGAUUUCUGCAGCCAACGCCAUUCACUCCCCGGUACACGCAGCAAAAGCUGGUGAAAAAAAGCAAGAGCAAGUUUCCUGCAAACAUCUGCUGCUGUUGCUGCUGCGGGGAGACAGAAGAAAUCAGCGCAUUGCAAAGCAACUUGAUUGGCGAGGCAAAUAGGUCCAUCAUCCUUAAGCCAAUCAGAAGAGAACGUAUUGUAGAAGUCAUGAAAGAAGAGAUACAGGAAAGAGUUAUCAAUGUGCCUCAAAUACAAUACGUUGAUAAAUACGUAGAAGUCCCCAAACCUGUAUUCAAGUAUAAGAUUAAAGAAGUGAAGAGAGCAGUUGUCGUAGAAAAAAUCAAAAGAGUACCCAAAAUUGUUGAAGAAGAGAAAAUUAUAGAAGUUCCAGAAAUCAGAUACGUUGAAAAGGAAGUGGAAGUGCCACAUAUUGUCAAAAAAGAAAAAAUUGUUGAAGUACCCCUACCGAUAGUUAAAGAACGUAGGAUACCUGUAUUAAGACUACGCAAAGAUGAGAAAUUCCAAGAAGUGGACAAUAUUAAUUAUGACGAAAUGGAAGCAAACAUCACAUCAAUAAGAAACGGGGCCGAAGCACCAAAUAACACACCAAUAAAUGGAAAUAUGGAAGAAGUGAAUUACCUAAAUGAUCAGAAGCAGCUCGAAAGUAUUACGAAACAAAUUGAGGCGGUGAAAAUAACGGGGAAUGAACGAAGCGAUGAAGAAAAGGGGAAGGCAACAGCUGGAGACUCCAUAGAAGUUCUCCGUAACCAAACGUCGCGUAGUUAUGAUGUCCCACAUGAUCAACAUGCUAAAGAAAUUGAUAAAUGGAUUAAACAUUUGAAAGAUGCGAAACGAACGGCUGAGAUUCAUGAAAAGGAACUUGAUCAUUUCAGAAUGCAACCCAGGGCUCCAAAUCAUAUAGAGAUAUCCUUAGAUAAACAUACGCUGGAAGGCGAGAAGAACGUGUCGGGACCUACGGUAACAGAAGUACUCUCUGUCCGCGGUAUCAGCAAUCAAGACUCCUUCGAAGUACCCGAUAACUAUGGAGAACGAUACGGCCUUGAAAGUAUAAUCAAAGAUGGUAUUGAUGAUGACUAUGAAAUCACUGAAGUUAAAGAAGUGGACGACAUGGUGAGUAUAUACCCCAAUAUCGACGCAUUGUCAUUCAAGUCGAUGCCAAACGAUGGGCAGGCCAAAUAUCAAAACAAACAAGAGCACGAGACGCAAAACAUGGAAGAGGAAAGACACAGUGCAACGAAUGAUAAAAAUGCUGUGGAACAGAGAGAAUCUACAACACAUGUUAGGAUUACCAAAUAA